AUGGGGAAACUGAGAAGAGAUUUAGCCACCCUCAGUGCCAGACCAGGGCCUGUGUUGGCCCCAGGGGGAAACCUAACUUUGUGGUGCCAAGUGUCAGUUCCAGCCACAAGAUUCAUCUUGUACCAGGGGGCAGAUGCCCGUCCAGUCCAGAUCCAGGAGUCCUCAGAGGAGGGAGCUGAGUCCUUCUUUGAAAGGGUGACCCCUUCUCAUGGGGGAAGUUACAGCUGCUGCUACCAGACCCAGGCCUCUAACUAUGCUUGGUCUCAGCCAAGUGACUCCCUGGAGGUGUGGGUGACAGACAUGUUACCCAAGCCCCGGCUUGUGGCAUUGCCAGGUCCUGUGGUGGGGGCAGGCAGCCAUGUGAGUCUGCGCUGCCAGGGCCCACUAGGGGGAAUGAGCUUUGCUCUUUAUCGUGUGGGUGUCCCAGGGCCCCUACAGUACAUCAGCUCUGCCCAGCCUUGGGCUGACUUUUCCCUUCAGGACUCCAGGGCCCCUGGCACCUACAGUUGCUACUACCAUACACCUUUUGCUCCAUACAUCCUGUCUCAGAGGAGUGACCCUUUAACCAUCAGCUGGUCAGGUUCCACUCCCCAGGAUUACACUAUAGGCAACCUCAUUCGAAUGGGCUUGGCUAGACUGGUGCUCCUCACCCUGGGGAUGCUGGUGUUUCUAGACUGGCACAGGUGGAGGGGCUGCCAAGACAGAACCUGGAGACCCCCUGCUUGAGCAACAGAUGGAGUUAAAAUAAAGGCUUUGGGUCAUGAGGGGCGUGGUCUUUGUCAGUAAUGGACAUGGCAUGGGAGGACAUGACCUGGAGUCAUGGAGGGUUCCUUGCAGAGGGAUGAGGGAGUGGAGGAAUUUCUUCUGUCUCUGUUCUCAGCCUGUGCCAGAGGCUGUCUCUUCAAAACUAAUUUGACACCAUUUCUCCUAAGAAAAGAAGCCUGUCUGGGAAGGUCUGUUCUUGGGAUGAAAGUGGGAGAGGACAUUCCAGGUGGGAAGGACUAUGAAUGAGCAUGGACU